AUUCCCCUGAAGAGAGCUGGAGAGCAGUCCUCAAGCCCUGUCUGCCUGUGUGUGGAAGUAGAGGACAGCCACGAACCUUCUUGGCUUUAGCCUAGAGCCACCCCCAAGCCCUGGAGGCACAUUGGCACUUGAACUGAGUUUCCAGAGGCAGCAUGGACAUCAAGGAAUAUUUUGCCAGAAUUUCUUACCGGGGCUCCCACAAUAAGCCAGACCUGGCUACCAUGUCAGAUAUAUUCCAGCACCACAUCCAAGCUGUUCCUUUUGAAAACCUCAGCAUCCACUGUGGCGAAAGAAUUGAGCUAGACCUGGAAGCAACAUACAACAAGAUAGUGAGGAAGAAACGUGGGGGCUGGUGCAUGGAAAACAACUACCUUCUGUCCUGGGUCCUGAAAACUCUUGGCUAUGACGUCACCCUUCUGGGAGCAAAAGUUUAUGUCCCAGAGCUCGACGCCUAUCCAGAAGAAAUUGAUCAUCUGCUGCUACGAGUGGAGCUUGAUGGCAAAUCCUACAUUGUGGAUGGGGGGUUUGGGAUGGCCUACCAACUGUGGCAGCCAAUGGAGCUGAUUUCAGGGACAGAUCAGCCUCAGACUCCUGGGGUCUUUCGUUUUCAGGAGGAAAAUGGAACCUGGUACUUGGAGAAAGUCAAAAGGAAGCAGUGGGUUCUGAACCCCAGCACGUCGACUUCCCCAAAUGUGGAAAAUGAAGUUUGCCGUCGGGUUUAUCUCUUUACCCUUCAGCCACGAGACAUUGAGGAGUUCAGGGGCUGCAAUGCCCACCUGCAGACAGCACCUGACUCGCUCUUUGUGACCAAGUCCAUCUGCAGCCUGCAGACUGCCGACGGCAUCCGGGCACUGGUGGGGUGGAAACUCACAGAGAUAAAGUACAAUUAUAGGGACAAUAUGGAUCUUGUGGAAAUCAGAAUCCUCGCAGAUGAAGAAUUAGUGAAAACACUAAAGGAGAAAUUCAAUAUAACACUAGACAAGAAAUUUGUACCUGUCAAUACGAGCAGGUUAUCUCUGUUCUAACUCAGUGCCUGGAUUACAAUUGAAUUCAGUGGCAUUACAGGCAAUUCUUCCCUCUCUUUCUGACAAGCACCCAAAGGUUAAUCCUUCUCCUUCCAACUACACCCGUGUAAGGCAGAACAUACCAUCAUGACUGUGGAAAAUAAAUGGAUUUUCACAACUA